CAUUUACCUUUCGCAGUUUGGUGGUGUUCUUGUUUUGUCUCUUCCGCAAAGUUUACUUGAGGAGGAGGAAGUGACUUCGGGAAGAAACCGAAACAAUUAGGGCUUCACCGUGUAUACUAUUGCUACCACGGUCCGUAUGGAGCGUGGUCCUAUUUUCUUCUUACGGCAAUAUUCCAUACCAGAACUCUUCAGCUAAAGCCAAUAGACACGGGUUCGACAUAUCACCGAACUCCUCAUUCCACUAGGUUUAUUUUGUAUCCAGCUGCCUCUAGGACGAUAACCAGUAGUCAGUAGUCCGAACAUGACUAAUGAAAAGGAGGGUCCACGGCAGUCUUUGGUAGGGGAGGAGAUGAAUGGCGAUGAUCUUUGCGACGUUUGCGACUUAGAUCCGAACUCUCCCUUCGAGCCAGAGACACCCAUCCAGCUAUCAGUGAAUUGUGAUGGAAUUUCGUUGGCGUCCGGCAGCAUCUUCGAGGCAGAUGUGUUGAGUGUGGCCAGCGGGGCUGGAAAUGACUCAGCGGAGAGCCGAUACCAUUUGGUCAAUGUCGCUUUACUCAUUGCCGGAUUCUGUUUCAACUUCACAGCAUUCCUUGCCUUGCAGAGUCUCCAAAGCAGCUUGAAUUCGGAAGGUGGAAUUGGACUGUUGGGCUUAUCCACGAUGGCGGCUGCCCAGAUGAUAACCAGCUCGCUAGCCAGUGCUACAGCCAUCCAGUAUUUUGGAGAGCGGAGACUUUUACAGUUCUCUGCCAUUGGUUUUGGCAAUUUGAUUCUCGCCAAUGCCCUACGGAUAAACACGUAUGUGGUGUUUUCCUUCUGUUUCUUUGGAUUCCUGUCGGGUACGUUCUGGCCCAGCCAGUAUCGCUAUCUUACCAGGAGUGCUAAGGCGUAUGCAAGAAUCACCAAGCAACCUGUAGACACGGUGUUGACUCGCUUCAACGGCGCCUUCUUCACAUUCUUUGUCGGAACUCAUUUCACUGGAAACCUCAUAUCUUCACUUAUCCUGGCUCCAGCCCAUCAGGAUGGUGGCACAGGAUUGCCCAAUGCAACAGAUCCGCUCGGAAAUUUCUCACAUUCCAACAUCUCCAUGGCAGCACAUCACUCUACUGCCCCGCAAUUGCUCUAUCUCAACGAGUCAAGCAACAUGUCUCUCCCCACGCCUUCACCUUGGUACUUUGGUGACUGCCCUCCAUCGGCUGCCAACUUCAAGCUCUUGGUGGACGAACAGAGUCGGCUGACGUUGAUGUCAGUGUUUGGUGGCCUUGUGACCCUCGGUGCGAUAUGCAUGCUCAGCCUCCGUCCUGUCCAUAAGCCGACUAUUUCUUCUCAAAGCCGAUCUGAAGCACACCUUAUAGUGGAAGCAAGUCCAGAUGAGCUGGCAGAAGCCUCUGGUGCCAACGAGAAAUCUAACCAACCAAAGACCUUCUGUGAACGUUUCAAAUCAUCUGAGACGUACAGCACGCUCAGAAUCAUUGGCGACCCAAGACUUUAUCGUCUGAUUCCCAUCAUUAUCGUUGCCGCUACUCUGAAAAGCUUUGUGUAUGGUGACUUCAAUCAUUCCUUUGUUGCUCAGUGCAUCGGAACGUCUCAGGUGGGUUUUGCUAUGGCCUGUUUCGGUGCUGCAAAUGCUGUGUCUAACCUUGUCAUCACGAAAGUCGCUGUGCGGUGGGGUCGUCCCACUGUCUAUGUCUUCGGAAUGACACUGGCUAUCAUCAUGGUCAUCUUUUCCAACUUUUGGCAUAAGGAGCCCAACCGGACUGCACUGUUCAUGAUGUCCAUGACCUGGGGCUUCAUCGAUGCCAUUUGGAACCCUCAAAUCUGCUCUUUUCUUGGAGUUCUGUUCCCCACGGACCCUGAAAAGGCAUAUGCUAUCUUCAACCUGUUCAAUGGGCUCACUUUUGCUGCUUCAUUCAUGAUGAGCUCAAUCUAUGGUGAUUCGUAUACGCCCAUCUUUAUCAAGUGCGGUCUUCUUAUUCCUGGCUUUCCUCUAGCCUUCUUGGCUUACUACAAAAAUGAGCGUGAAUAUAGGAAAGGAAAACUCCAAAGAAUGUCUGUUGAAAUGAACGAAAUUGAGACCUGAAUAGUGAUAGUGAAUAGUGAUAAUGCUGCCCGUGUCCUGUCUACUGCUCUUGUUCGUGUUUAUAAAAACGAAGACAGAUAUUUGAGUGACCAGGGUGCUACCUCUUGCUAUCCUCCUUACUUUGAAGCAAUAAUAUUAUUACACUUUCAUAAUAUUUUCGUAAAUAUAUAAUCAGCUGCCGGCCGUCCUUGUUCAUAAAAGCAGCAAUAUUUUCCAAAGCAGUUUUUUCCUUUUGCUUUGAAGCAGUCAAUACUUUUCAUGAUUUUUCAUAAAAAAAUAAUAAUAGUCACCUGCUGGCCUUGUCCAUCAGUAUGGUUUUCUUCAGCAGCGCUAGCAAGAUAUAUUUUUUAACAUACGAAAUGUUCCCCGUCAUCGCCCGAGAGUUGCGAAAUUGAUACAAAACAAAUUCUAGAUAAUACCGGUAUAUUUCCUUGUCUGUUUUCCGUUUUGUCAUAUCUUUCCGCCAAGGUGGACGUCAAUCUAUUGUUCUUUCAAACGAGCUCAUGACAAAACACCCAAAGUGGUGCACUCUCCCUCUAUUUCGCUUUGCUCGUAUUCUUUGCUCCAGAGCGGCUGAAUAGAAAUGAGCUGUUUUGCUGCAAAAGCUUUUGCUUAUGCAAGUUACUAGUACAUGUACAUUGUAGUUAUGGGCCGUUAUGGCACUCAUGUACCGUGAUACCAAUGUUGUGUUCUGUUUGCC